CUAACCUAACCCAGAAGACACCAACAACUAAGAAUAACCUGAAACAACAAUACCAUCACUCAAUUAUACCCAGAAUCACAUCCAACCAUCCAGUAACCCUUUCAAUCAAUCUUCAUCUAGAUCCUUCCAAUCGCCAAACACGGUACCUGAUUUAAACCCUUCUAUGAAGUCAUCGCUCCCCACAAUGACUUCACGAUGCUGUCAACAUCUCGAAUCGAUGUGUUCAUCGACCUGGUCUCUUCAGAUAUAAGAACCACCAUCUCUUGAGUACCACUUACAUGUAACUUCAUUAAUUAAAUCAAUCACAAGCACAAGCACAAGCACAAGUACGAAGUACUUUUCUGCAACAUAAUACGAAAACUACACUACAACCAACAACCAAGACAAACAACAACCAAAAUGCCCCGCGGAGCCGAAUACGACAACGGAAUCCCCCAAAGCGACAACGCUAUUGAGGCCGGCGAGACGAAGGUCCACGGAACCAACCCUGACAAUGACCACCUAAACCGCGCUCAGCGUACCGCUCCCCUCCCCGAAGCCGCGCACAGCAGUGGCGGAACAUACAGCAUCGGGGGCAGUUCGGGCCCGAAUAAAUUCGGCAGUGGGAAGGGUGGACACGAGCCCAAGACUCUGGGGGAGAAGAAGGGAUUGGGUGCUAUUUAAAUGAAGUUAUGAAUGAAGUGUGUUUAGGGAGUUUGGGGAUGCAUCGGUUUAAUGAAAGGCAUGUAUAAAUAAAUAACUAUUGACUUGUGUACUACUUUUCAUUCGAUGAGUGUUAUGAGAAGAUGGAGAAGGCCUCCUGGGUUUGAGGUCUGGAUGAAAUGAUGUAUUUUGAUUUGAGAUGAUAUGGGUUGUUUGUGGUUUGUUGUUUGUCUUGUAUUACUUGUAGAUGGAUGGAGUAAUUGAGUAGGUG